AUGAUUUUAAGGGACAUCUGUUCUGCAAAUGAAGAUUGCACCGCUCCACGUCGCCGAACAAUCUACAACUGUCCUCUUCUUCGUCGAUACUAUCUUAAACAUCCAUCCAAAUACUCUAUUCUUGGUAUUUUGAGUGCUACUAUAACUAUUCAGAGACUCUGGAGAUUGAUCUCAAAGGGUCUUUGUCAGAGGUGUCCAGUAGUUAAUCAAGAUACGAAUAUAUCAAAGCUUGAGGCUGUCCCAGAAUCACGUCAGGUCCGCAUUUCCCUUAUUGCAAAAUUUAUAGCACAGUUUGAGGCCAGAGAGCAAGUUCAGGUCAUAGCUCUCAGCAGGGAUGCUCGUGCCCAAGAGUUUUCUCUUUUCUGUGCCACUCGUAUUCAGCAAGCAUUCAGGCUAAAGCGCGCUCGUAUCUAUCGGGCAUUCCACAUUUAUCCUAUCUACAAGAUUGCGGCUUCCUGCAUCCUGUUUCAUUUCCAAACCAUGAAAGGGCAAGGCCAGACUGGGGCAGCACGCUGGGCCGCAAGAGUGAUUCAAAGUAGAUAUCGCGGCAAUCUUUAUCGACGCGUGUUUCUCCACCUGCAAGCACACAUUGCCGAGAUAACAAGGCAGACUAGCUCAUCACCCAUGCAGCUUUUGAGGAACCUUGACCCCACCGGAGCUCGCAAUCUAGAGGCAUUGGCUGAGGACUUUGUUAUUCGCUUUCGGCUUGGCACCCCAGACAAUGCACCAUGGCCACCACGGCUCUACUGGAAGGUUUUCCUAAAGAAUCAGCAUGUCUGUGAUGUAUCUAUAACGGCUCCACGCAACUAUUCUGUUGAGCAGGAGACAGGAGUCGUCGAUAAGCGCCUCUGGUAUCAUCGCAUAACGAACAAUCCGUGGCGCCUCAUAGAUCCUUCAAUAACUGAUAGCAUAGUUCAGUCCUCGGCUGCAGUGAUGCGUCCAGUCUUCCAUUCUAGGGGAGAGCUCGAGAAACUCCGACGUGCAAAACGCCUUGCUUGGAUGAGAGAGAUGCGGAAGAUCUCAAUACUCAGGGAUAUGGGACUUGAUGACCUAGAGCAGAUUGCCAGCUCUGCGCUCCAGCACGACCCAUCCCUCAGAACGACAUGUAGCAUUCUCUUGGACGACACCCCAACGAGUCUUGAAAAGCUUUCGCAGAGUGUUCAGAGCUAUGCUACCUCUGUGAACGAUGAGAGUGUUGAUGAUCUACUCCGGUGGUCUGGGACCCUUGACUACGAUAAAUACUCAGAUGACUGGCUGGCUACCGGGGUUACAAUUACUCAGCGAGAGAUGAAUAACAGCUCUUCGUUAGAAAGCUCCAAGCUAUCUGUUCUUGGCAUUCCAGGCCACCGUCCAGGUGCACCCCUGCGCUACUCAGCCAGUGUUCUCAAUACCACUCUCCAACGAAUUCAGGAGAGACAAGGGCCAGAGCCACAGUAG